GAGCCCUAUCGGCAGCUAUGCCAUUCCUACAAGAAAAUCGGUGAGAUAGACUCUGAGUGAUGGCCGCCUAUCCAGAGAGCUGCUUGGAUGCUACCGUGCUGAACUUCGUAGCAGAUCUCUCUCUGGCCUCUCCCAGACACCCUCUUCUCUGCGAGUUCCCACCUGGGGUCCCUUUUGGGGACCGAACACUGGGGUACAGAGAUGGAAGACCUGGAAGACUGUCGCAGUUUGAUGAAAGGUAUCAGGAAGUAGAGGGGGACGAAGUGGAAUAUGAGGACCCAGAAGAGGAGGAAGAGGAGGGAGAGGGGCGCGGCAGAGUAGCAUCCUUGCUGGGCCGCCCCAAAAGGAAAAGAGUUAUUACUUAUGCCCAGCGCCAGGCCGCCAACAUUCGCGAGAGGAAGAGGAUGUUCAACCUAAACGAGGCCUUCGACCAGCUGCGCAGGAAGGUACCCACCUUUGCUUAUGAGAAGAGACUGUCGAGGAUCGAGACCCUCCGCUUGGCCAUCGUCUACAUUUCCUUCAUGACCGAGCUCCUGCAGAGCAAGGAGGAAAAGAAGGCCAGCUGAGCGGGGAGGGGUGAGCCGAAGAGACACUCUCCCCGCCUCGUCGCGCUUGGCGGGUGCGUCUGGAAGGCAGAGGGACCGCUGGCCUUCUGAGCCUGAGUUUGAGGUGGUAAACUCCCCACUCCUGGCAGCUCUGCAGUGAAUUAGUUGGGGAUCCGGCACAAUAAGGCUCUAGCUGGGCAGGUUGGGAGUUCCCGGGGGGGUCAAGGAUUUAGGAAGUUAGAGUUUCUUGCGUGGAGCAGGUGGGAAACUGGUCUGCUCCUCCAAGGAUCUCUGCUGAUCUCUCCUCCUUUUCAACAAUAGAAAU